CCUCCUCGGGAGCGGACCUGGCGCCGGUUGGCGCAGAGGCGUGCCAAUCUCCUCCGGCGCCCCGCCCCGCCCUCUCAGGUAGCCCGGAAGAUGGCGGCGGCGAGAGGCGCUGUCGCCGCUGGUGUCGCCGGUGCGGACGGCUGGGCUGCGUGAGGCGAGCGGGAACAUUCCUCCCCCCGCUCCUGCUGCUGCUUCCGCUUCUUUAUCGCUGUUUCGGCGGGAACCGAUGCCGGGGCCGGCCUUGCCGCGAGGGCUGAGGGGAGACGCGGAGGGCGCCAGCAGGCCUGGCGGCGGGCGGCGCUGAGGGCGCGAUGCGGGGCAGGCGCCGGCGGCGGUUCCGGGGGGCCAGCGGGCGGCUGGGCCGGCCUCUGCCCCCCUGGCUCGGCCUCUUCUUCUGCUGCUUCCUGUCGGCGUUGCUGGGAGGCGGCGAGGCGGCUCCUCUUCCGCAAGCAGGGGAAGCAGCAGUGACUGAAGUUCCCUUUGCGUUGGUGAUUAUUUCUGCCUGCAGCCUUUUAGGCUUGGUACUUCUCCUUGUGAACUGUGUAUCCUGUUGUAAAGAUCAAGAGAUAAACUUCAAGUGCAACCAGCUUGAGAAGGCAUUGAUGACUGUUCUUGUUUUACAGGGUGACCUAAAAACGUACCUUUGCAAUGAACAGGAGAACAUUAAAGGAGAUUCCCAAAUAAUGCUGCUACAGAGGAUGGCGUGUGAGAUUGCAGCUGGACUCUGCAUAAUGCAUAAACAUAAUUUUGUCCAUGGUGACCUAGCCUUACGCAACUGCUUCCUUACAUCCGAUCUAAACGUAAAAGUGGGAGAUUAUGGAAUAGGAUUCAGUAGGUAUAAGGAAGAUUAUAUUGAAACAGAUGAAAAGAAGCUUGUGCCUCUUCGAUGGACUGCACCAGAGCUGGUGACUAGCUUUCAGGACAGACUGUUAACAGCUGAGCAAACAAAGUACAGUAACAUCUGGUCACUAGGUGUAACGCUAUGGGAGCUUUUCAGCGGUGCUGUGAAGCCUUACUCACAUUUAUCUGAUGAUGAAGUCCUGGUGCAGGUCAUAAAAGAGAAGCAGACGAAGCUUUCAGAACCUCGUCUUGAGCAGCCAUAUUCUGAUAGAUGGUAUGAAAUUUUGCAGUUCUGUUGGCUGUCGCCAGACAAGAGAGCAACAGCAGACGAAGUGCAUAAGCUUCUAACGUAUCUCCGUAUGCAAAGUCAAAGGGACUCGGUGAUUGAUCCUGAACAGUGGAAUGAUCUCAAGCCUGAUACUUCAAACAGAGAGUCCUCUGGUAACUCUGCCUUCCCAAUCCUGGAUCAUUUCACAGGCAACAGGUUUGGCCGUGAGAUGGAAGAAGUUCUCACGGUAACUGAAACAAGUCGAGGGCUCAACUUUGAAUGCAUCUGGGAAGCAGCCAGACAAGACCACUUCGAAUGCAGCCAGGCAAAUCCUGAUGAGGGAAUGACUUACACCAAUAUCUUCUUCCCGGUGGAGGUUUUUGAGAACACACUUACGGAGCAAGGACCUGGGGAUCAAGUUGAAAGUGGGCAGGAUGUGCUUCGUGUCCCUGGCGAACUUCCCGUGUUUAAUGCCCAAAACCCUUCUGUUGGAAAUGACUAUUACAUCCAGUUAGAAGAGAAGAGCAGAGACAAUAGUGUAAACUUUGAUAACCAGGAUUCUAUAUUGAUGACUGACAUGGACAGUCAUGCAGUUGUAAAGGACAAAAACUCUCACUUCAUAGUUCUUGGGGACUUUGCUGCUGAAUCCACUACAGAUAGGGACUCUCUCCAUUACAACACAUAUCCCAAGGAACAGGAUUUCCAUGGUCAUUGUCCUGAAAGUCCUUUCCAAGAUAUAUUUAGUGAUAUCGACAGAAUGGAACAAUUUACAGAUAUGAGAAAUAGGUUUGAGUUGGCUGAUCUAAAUGAUAUUCAUGUCGAGCUUGAAGUAGUUUCAUAUUCAGGUCUUGAGGAGUCUGUAGUUGAUCAGCUGCAGAAGAGAAGUCCCAGACAUGCUUCUGAAAGUGAAGCUGUUUGCUUGCAGGAGGAUAUCAUAAUGCAGUCCGAUCCUAGCCUACUGACUUCAGAAGAGCUGUCGGAUAACUUUCUUUUCCUUCAAGAGAAUAAUUUACUAAAGGGGGCACUGAGUAACAGAACUGGUGGUGGUGACUUAAAAAGAGCAUCUGACAACACAAAAAUGCUAGAUCCACCAAAUACAAACUCUCUGGGGGUUGAACUUAAAAUGGAUGGGAAUUCUCCAGUCCAUGAAGACGAACAUUUUGUGCAAAUGAGCACAAAUGAAAACAAAAGUAUUCCGCCCCAGCCCCUUAUGCAAGGUCAAAUGUCUCCUAGGUCACCUGCGAUGGAUAAGGAGCAGGUAUCCCCCUUAUCAGGAACUGAAAAACCCUCUCCUAACAUAGAAGUUAAUGAUAACUCUGCCUGCAGUAUUGAUUACUCUUACCUUGACAUGGAUCAAGUCUCUGAAGCUGGCUUUAAUGAAACGUUAUCCAUGAAUGCCAAAAACCAAACUAAUGGGAGUAGCCCCUGUCAUAGCAUUGCACUCCAUGCUCAAGAGGAAGAAAGACAGCAGAAUAAGCAGGAACUUAAAUGCAAUAGCAGUUCUUGGGGGGAGCUGAUUGAGGAUCUGAAGAAUAAGCCAUCUGGAUUAGAGCAAGGCGAUGAGUAUAUUCUGGAGCCAACUGACGAAGCUUUAACCAAGGUUCAGAAAUGUAACAAGGAGACCCCGAUCAAAGACAUUGCGCUUUCGUCUGUCCUUCCUUCAGACCGUACAAGUCACGACAGCCUACUGGAGGACAGUUUAUCAGCUCCCACACAGAGUAUGGGGCAGUCUGUUGAUACACCGGACUCCUUGGAUUCAUUAGAUGUUAUUGAGGUCUUAGAGUCUUUAGUGGGUCAGAGCCCACAGAAACCUUUGCCACCUGAUAAACCUGCUGACAGUGGCUAUGAAACUGAAAACCUAGAGUCUCCUGAAUGGACUUCACACCUUGUUGGCAGCAACUCCAAUGAAGACAUGGCUUUGUCCAGUGCUGCUGGUGAUGGUCUUUUGCGUGAUAAGCCUAUGAUCAUUCUGUCGUUAGAUGUCAAUACAGACUUAGACACAGCAAAUACCAUGGAUACAUUUGAAGGCAUCUCUAAGACUUCUUUUGGUGGCAUCCAGAAUUCGUACAGAGAUUCCGCCUAUUUUUCUGAUAACGAUUCUGAACUAGAUAAGAAAUCUGAGGUUACAAAUACAUUGGCAGACACUCAAGUACGAACAGAGGGUGGUAUGUGCAGUGACUACUUUGAAAUAGAAGAGCAUAAAAAUGCAGAAAAUCGGUCGAGUGAUGAUCAAGUAGCCAGUGACCAGUUGACAAAGAACUCACGCUUGCAGCUAGAGUUGGAGGAGAAGCUGGAGACCACUGAAACAAAGCAAGAGUAUCUUCAUAAAGGUGACAAUACAGCUUCAUUGCUACCUGUGGUAGAACUAGAGCCUGCUGAUGAAGAUGACAUUGAGAUCAUAUAUGAGGAUUCCCCCAGAAGUGUCUCUUGCACAGGCACUAACACAGCAGACUUCCUUCCUGAGAGCGAUCUAAAGCUCACCCCUAACUUGUAUGGCCCUGCUGAAGUGUUGGAAAAAUCCUUAGUGUGCCACUUUGAAGGUCAUAAUAAGCUGAAAGAGCCAGAUAUUGAAGGAAAAUACCUUGGUAAACUUGAUGUUUCUGGGAUGCUUGAUCUAUCAGUGGAUGGGGAUGAUGCUGAUGAAGAAGAUGAGAACAGUGAUGAUUCUGAGGAUGAUAUGAGAACUUUCCACUUGCAUGGACUUAGCUCUGACAGCGAUGAGGAAAUUGUCCAUCAAGUACCAGUGAUCCUUACUGAUAGGGAUGAUGGCAAACAUCUAAGGAGCUUGUUAAAACAUCCGAAGCCACCAGGGCAGAACAACCCUUCUGAAAACUUUAUGAAGAAUGAGAGGAAAGCCGUAACGUUCUUUGAUGAUGUCACAGUCUAUCUUUUCGAUCAGGAAACACCAACCAAAGAGCUCGGGAAUCGUGCUACAGAAUCAAACCACUCGGAUUCUGAUAACACUCCUGUUCCUGCUUCCGGCCCUGGCUACUUGAAUAAAUUUACAAAUUCAGAAAGUUCUACAGAUGAAGAAGGUGGAGGUUUUGAAUGGGACGACGACUUCUCUUCUCCAGAGCCCUCUUUCAUAGCAAAGGCAGCAAACAGCCUCAUUAGUUCCAAGCCUUCUCUUCAGACCUCAAAGUACUUCUCCCCACCACCGCUGCCUCGAAGCUCUGAACAAAACUGGUCGAAUCCUUUACCUUACUCCAGGUUCUCUAUCUCUCCAGCAAACAUUGCAAGCUUCUCGCUCACUCACCUUACGGAUUCUGAUAUUGAACAGGGAGGGAGCAGUGAAGAUGGAGAAAAAGACUGAAGCUUCUUCCUUCGGUGAAUGGUCAUCGUUUUGUGGGGGGGUCACUUCUGCUUUUUGCCUAACAGCCAAUAUUUUCAUUUUCAAAAACAACGACUACCCUCUUGCAUCUGAAAACAAAGCAGACCUGCUGAAAUCCAAUAAUCAAGAUGUUUGCACACCCUGAAGGCAAUGUUAGAUCAAGACCUGAACUUCAAGGUGGAUGUUACUUUUUGUAGUGUACUGUUUUUUGUUUUUUUUGAAAACUGGUGCAUUUUGCAUUUCCUUUAAAAAUAUAUAUCAUGUGCUAGCUUUCCCCUUCUCCCCCCUCUCCUACCCCCAAAGUACUUGAAGUAUCCUCCAGACAAUUUGUAACAAAUAUGUACAAGUUAUGCUCUGGUUUAUAUAUAGGAUUGUACCAUACCCUUUUGUAUUCUCAAUGUAUUAUCCAUAUGAACAUGUAAAAUUGUACAUAGCUGAGCAGAAGGUGGCUAUGUCACUUGAAGCUGCCUGGCCUGAGAGCUGUUGUGUAGAAAGCCAUAUUUCAAAGACUUCACACCUUGCUUAGCUGCAGAUGCACUAGUAACUGCCCUUCCCAGGUCCCUCUGCAUUGUACAAAGCCAUUCUUCCUUGCUUCUUGAUUGAUGGAAGUUGUUGGGGUCCUUUACCUGCCUAACUGUUUUGCUUUGUGCUCCUGUGCCCCUUUUUUGCACAGCUUACUUGUUGGGGUGUACAGAGCUUGAGUCUUCCUGUUUUUAUAAUUUCUGGAGCUUUGUAUGCUAUCCACUUUUCUAAAGGGGCAAUUCACUUUCUUAUAUUCCCAUCUGCAGUACAGUGGUCGGCGAAUUGACUUUUUAGUUAUAGUUGGCUUAAAAAAAAAUGUGGUGGUGUAACAUUCUUCUGUUUGCUUCCCUCUGCACCCAAGAUGUCUGGAAGACUCAAUAUCCGUGUGUGUGUGUGUGUGUGUCCUUAAAUGAUGGUCUUGGUUACUGGGUAACUUCUUGAAUCGCUCAUCUCAUCUUCAGGGAAGUGUUAACAUUUCUGCGGAUGCAAUGCAAAAGGGGAUGUGUUGACUCACGCAGUUGCUCUUUCUCUUUGUGUUUGAAGUUGGGAUUCUCUAAAGAAGCAGCUUUAGCAGAGCAGGCGUCACCUGUGGAUAUUUGAGAACCAAUCUUCAAUAGGGAUUUGGGUCUUCUGUGCCUGCUGUAGUUGGCACAUACUGCAGGUUUCCAUGCAAAACUAGUAGUUCUAAUACCUUAAGGAUGGCUAAUAGAAACUUAAGGGCUAAUUGGCAGUGUGUUGUUAGACCCAGAUCUUCCAGAGCUUUUAAAUCCCUUGCCGGAGCCCUGUUCUGCUAAUGGAAAGCUACUCUGGCAUUCAUAAAAUAGGAAGGGGUUUAGUGUAUAGCUCUCCUAAGUGUGGUGAACUCAGAAUAUAAGCUGCAGGGUCCCGUCCCCCCCGUCUCGCUCUUAAAAUGAGCACUUGAGCUGUAAAAUAUGUUUUGCAGCCUCAGCUUUGGCAGUGGAAGACAUGUGUAAAAAAAUGUUUUCUUUUGUUUUUUAAAAAAUUAAGCUAUCCAGCUGACCUGCACAGGUUUCUUUCUGCUUCAGGUCUGAGGACAUCUGUAAAUGGCAUGAAAAUUGGUAGCUUUUAAACCUUCUCAUCAAAGAAUGUAUGAAAGUAUUGAGGGUUUUCCUUUGCCGUUCUCCUUCAGCCAGGCUGGUUCUCAUGAGCCCUGUGGAGGGCAGAAAUUGAAGUGCAUUAAAAUUGUGAGUUAUGGACUCCCCCAUUACACAAGGAACUCGUUUGUCUAAAGAAAAAUUAAUAGAACAGCUUGAGACAUGUAUUGCUUCAAGCAUUUGCCCGCAACAUGAUCUCAUGUGCCAUUUUUUCUCUAAAGCUAUACUGUCUGUUUGGAGUAUCCCACAAUGUUUGUUCUUGGAAGAGCAAAUUUUAAUGUGCACUGAAUUAAUUUUCAAAAUACACAUUACAACCUUGGGUCUAUUUGGAAUGGUUGUUCCUCUCUUGGACAGGCCUGAGUCAAGUAGGGAGAUUUUUAAAGUCGGAUUAGGUUGUUUUCCCCCCUCUUUCUGCUUUUUCUUAAUGUAAUAAAAUUAAAAGCAAGGAAACACGAAAGUGAACCUUCCCUACUGAGUUUUCAACAAUAGAUGGAAUUGUGCAGCAGAAAGUAUAGGCCCCCUAACUUUGUAGUUUAUGACUUCAGACUUAGUUUAUGGCAAGGAGAUAAGCUGUGGCUCUCUAGAUGCUGUUGGACUCCAACUCCCAUCAGCCCCAGCCAGCAUAGCCAAUGGUUAGGGAUGAUGGGAGUUUGAGCCCUAUAGCCUCAGGAGAGGAACAGCUUAGCCACCCCUGGUUUAUGGAGUAAAAGGGUGCAUUGGUAGUGUUCUUUGCUUUUAUCCAAUAUUUUUUUAAAAGUCUGAAAAUUAUGAAUAGCCUAAUCUCACUUGUGUGCAUUCCUCAUGACUGCAUUUUCUCUGGGUGCCUGAGGCAUCUUCCUGCCCCCUUUUGCCAAAAAUCAGCACUCCAGAGUCUCAUGCUGCAGAUAGAAAUUGGCUUGCUUAGUCCCAGAUUGGAAUUCACACUGGGAAUUCACACAGUUUGGAGAUACAGCCAGCGACAAGCCUAACAUCUGGUGCAUUGAGUGGCUUCAGGGCUGUCGGGGGGGGGGGGCAUUAGAAAACACUUCCUGGAAUGGGAGGCUUAAAAAAAUAAAUAUCUCCACAGACUGUGAUGGAACCUAACACACACUUGUUGCUUUGGCCAUAUGAAAUGCAAACUCGCUAUCUCUGACGCUUGCUCUUCCACUCUGUGGUGAGAACUCAGAGUGCAUUUGUGUCAUUAGCAAGACAGAAUUUCAGAGUACAUCCCAUGAACACAAAACUCUCUCAUAGUGGGCAAAACAAUAUUGUGAGGCACCUGUAACUAACCAAAAGCUCUUAAAACGAGUACAUUUUAAAGCUCGCACACACACAUGCACACAAAUCCAGGCUAGUAGCCCUAACACGUCACUUGAAGACCAAAUUUAUACCUUUUAAACCAUGUAGGGGUUCCUUUACUGCAUGGUUCACAAGCUGACUUCUGUGUCCUUUUUUGCACCUUAGUUACCCAGACGACAGUUCUGCGUCUUGCAAGAUUUGAGCAGGUUAGCAUUCGUUGUGAUGGUUGCGAGUAACAGUUCUCUUCAAGGGGGCGGCGGGGUGGGGUGGGGUAGUUGUAUGUUUCCUUCAGACUUAAAAGCCUGUGUUUUUAAAGGAGGAUAGUGACUUAAGGACCAGAUGUGCAAAUCCAAGAAUUAAAACGAGGGAAUCUUUUCCCAACUUUUGCUGCUGCUGCUGCAUGUGUUUAGGGUUCCUGCUACUCUCCCCUUCCCCGCUGCCCCCCAGUAGAUCACCUGUACAUUUUAAACAGCUGCAUGUUAAAACUUUUAGCAAGCAAUUCCACCCUGACCCACACCCCAGUUUUAAGGAUGAAUUGCUAGGAAUAAUCUUUGUUGUAAAGUUCUCCUCCUGUGUUUCUUCUGAAGGCACCAGAGCCCAGCCAGAAAGUUUUGGCUGUUGAAAGGGUCUCUUGUCUUUGCUGCUCCAAGGAAGAGUCACUUGGGGAACAGAGCAAGGCGUUAGCAAUAGCUUAUUUAACACUAAAUUUUGCGGGGUUGUUAAGAAGCCCUGGAACCAGGAGCAGCAGCGCCACACUUGCACCGGUGCAGCUGUGCUCUUGCUGUUCUCCUGCAGGGGCCGUGGGGCGUGCAUGUGUUUUGCAAAUUGGAGCUGGACUUCUCAUAAUGGCCAGGGUAGUGUAGCAGUUCAAAGAGGCUCAGGCUGAAAGAUGGAGGGUGGUAUCCAAUGCCACUUGUACUCAGAGUAGACCCGCUGAAAGUCAGUCAAGUUCAUUCAUUCCAAUGGAUGUAUACUCUUGAGUUGGGCUAGCUUUGGAUACAACUCAGUAGGUCAUACGUUCCCUCACAUAGAUCCCACCCCUGUAAAGUAACAUUUGUAAUGCAGCAGUUCAAAAUGAAGAGAGUUUUAAUUGAUAAAUAAUUUUCCAAGUUCUGUGCACAAGUGAGAAGGGGAAAGCCACCGCUUUUAUUGGAAAUGAAUGGAUUCUUUUUUAAAAACACUUAAUGAAGCACUAAUGAGAGCCAUUCAUGCCUACUUUUUAAAAAUCAGUAUUUUAGAUUGAUUUAUAUGCAGUUCUGAUUCGUUUGUCUGUUUUUGAGAGGGAGACAGCUUAGUUAGGAAGGUUUUUUCGGGAGGGGGUAGACACAAUUAUGCACUCAGUUUAAAAUUGCAUUGCGGGUAAAAUGGCUAUUUAGAUUGGAAGGUGGAAUUGGAAAUUUAUUAGCCUUAUAAGAAAUAGCCUUAAAAAUAAGAAUGGAGUGUAAAAAAUAAAAAUAAAUAAAUUCAGCUUUAAGUUGUAUAAAAUAACCUUUCUUUAAAAAUAAGAAUCAAGUCUUUAAGGGCAAAUUGUUGAGAUGAGAGUACAGAAGAGAGGAGAAAGUGUUCAGUACCACCAGCCCGGUUUUUGUUUUUAUUUUCAAAUGAAACUUGAAUGAGUUUAAGAUGUUUGGUUCCAUUUAAUAAAUCGUCUGAUCUUGCACAGUGGUAGCUGUCACAUAAUGGUAAAUGGUAUCUGUGUGUAUAUACAAUGUUUUACUCUAUUUGUAAAUGAGGAAAUUUAUGUUACAAAAUCAUAGGGGAGAGGUUUUCCUAUUGGAAAUUUAAUACAGGUAUGAGGUUUAUGGCAAUAUUCUAGUCAAUGAAAUUUCAGGUCGAAUUUGUCUUUAAAUUGUGUAAAUUUUAAAACUGUAAUAUUUCUACUGUACAUUGAUCAUGCAUAGUGUGAUUCAAGACUGCUUGUAAUUUAAAGAACCUUAUUUAAUAUGCAAAAUAAAAAUAAAGGUAUAUAUUUAUAAA